GUGUUCUUUAGUUUGGACUGACCCAGGAUAGUUCUCAGUCCAGAGUAUAGACCCUGUGUGAAGGUGAUGCUACUCAACAGGAAGAAGACUAAUCAUUUUGUUACACACAAAAAAAUUAUGAGAUUUAUUCUCCUACAAAAAAAGUGAAACAACAUUGGAUCAAAGAGGAAAACAAUAGAAAGUAGUCAGCAAGAUUAUUUUUAAACUGUUCAGAAUGCAGUUAAGAAGAGCCAAAGGAAAUAUUUCCCAAAGCACAAACCAAGGAAAAACCAAUGAGAAUCUGUUUAAAACAACACAGCAGUGGAAGAGAUGGGGAAUGACUUCCCGAUAUGACACAGGUUUUAGUAGAUUUAGAAAUAGCCUAGACGAGAAGCCCUAUAAAUGUACUCUGUGUGAUAAAGGUUUCAGUCAGAGUUCAACUUUUUUCCAGCAUGCAAAAAAACACACUGAAGAGAAAUCCCAUAUCUGUACUGAUUGUGGGAAAAGCUUCUUUCAUAGCUCAAACCUCAUUCAGCACCUAUUAGUUCAUACUGGAGAAAAGCUCUAUAAAUGUACUGAGUGUGGAGAAAGAUUUAAACAGAGCUCAAAUCUCAUUCAACGCCAGAGAAUUCACACUGGAGAGAAGUCCUAUCAGUGUGAUGAAUGUGGCCAGUGUUUCAGUCAGUUUCCUCUCAUCCAACAUCAGAGAACCCACACAGGAGAGAAGCCCUAUCAUUGCAUUGAAUGUAGCAGGUGUUUUAGCCAGAGUUCUCACCUUAGUCAACAGAAAUGGCAAAAAGAAGAGAAACUUCAUAAAAGCCAUGGCAAAUAUACCAGGAAAACUCUUGAUAUUGUGUUAAAAUUAAUGCUAAAUAUAUGA